AUGGGGGCGGUCCCACCAAAGGUCCGCAAGACGUCAAUCGACAAAGCCAAAGCUAAAACCGUCUCCCACGAUACAAAGACAUCCGCAGAGAAACCCAACAAGAACCCCGUGACAGCCGAGAAACGCCCCAAGCGCUUCCGCGCGCAGCCCCCGCGCUCAGUCGCCGAACGCCUCGGCCGCGCAAAGCACCAGCGGAUGUACAUUCUCUCUCGCAGCGGGCAGCAGCUGUCCGCGACGACGGGGGAGUGGGAGGGGCCGUCCGAGAUGUUCACCAUGGCCGGCAGCACGGGGAACGUGUACACGAUCCACAUCGGCGCGGUGCCCAGCUGCGACUGUCCGGAUGGGCAGAAGAGCGGGACCUGCAAGCACAUCUUGUACGUCAUGCACCGGGUGCUGAAGGCGCCGGACGAGCUCGUGUACCAGGCGGGACUGCUCCCGGGCGAGCUCGCCGAGAUCUUUGCGCAUGCGCCGCGCCAACGGACUGACACUAGCAGUCGGAAGCCCGUUGAGGAUAACGAUUGUCCCAUCUGCUUCUGCCCCUUCGCGAAGGGCGAGCAGAUCGUCUGGUGCAAGGCCCAGUGCGGCACGAAUAUCCACAAGAGCUGCUUCGACCAGUGGAAGGCGACGAAGGGAAAGGGGAGGGUCACGUGCGUCAUGUGUAGGCAGCCGUGGCAGGAGGAGGAUGCCGAGGCCGUCACUGAGGUGCUGAAGGAGGGCGGCGGCAAGGUCGGCGCAGAUGGGUAUGUCAAUGUCGCCGACGAGCUGGGCAUGAGCGGCGUCAGGGACUAUAGCUCGUACAACCCGUGGUUCACCGGAGAGGCGCAGAAUUCGUGGGGACACGGAAGGUACUAUGACGGAUACAAUCGUUAG